CCGACGAGGCCAAGACCACGGCCGGGGAGAAUGACACCCAACACUACGCUGUCGCCCCUUGUCCUCACCCUCGCCCUUCUCUCCUUCCUGCCGCUCGCAAGCGCCGUCUUCGUCAACUUCCAAGAUUGCCUGACUCGCAUCUACCUCGCCGACGGCAAGCAAACGCCAUAUCUCCGCUUCACGCCUGCAUACGUAUGGGCCGACUUUAGUCCCCAAUACCGCCUGAACCUCACCAUCUAUGGCAACGUCUCUGGCCAAGCAGACAUUGGCGACUACCCUCCUCCGGACAGCGACAACUGGAAAGAUCCAAACAAGACAUUUGGCAAACUGGUCGACCUGAACGAGAACCACAAACACUACACCACUUUGUUCUGGAACAACAAGGUCCUGACCUACUCUGCCUACACCGCACCGGCCGCCCGCUUCUGUCAUUCCCUUGCCAACGCCAGCUGCCCAAUAUCACCUGCUUUCAAUGGCAACGCGAGCGAGUACUGGACCCUGCCAGCCAUCACGGUAGCGCACGACUUUGGCAGUUCCUACUCCUUUUCCACCUGGGCCUCGACGUUGCGCAUCGUUUCUGGAAACAACGAUGCCACCCCGCUGGGUUGCGUUUCCACCACCAUCACCCCAGACCUCGGCAGCGCGCUCGCAGAUUCCCUUCGUUACUUUCCCGCCGCCAUACUAGGUCUCGUGGGCCUUGCGACUGUCUUUGCCGCCACCUGUAGCCCCUGGGGAACCUCCAACAUCUUUCGUUCGACAAGCAACUACGGUCGCGAUGAAGACCUGUUGCGCUUGGUUACCCCGGGCUUUGGGGACUGUCUGCAGUACAUCCAGUUCAUCGUUCUUGCGGGAAGUCUUAGCCUCAACUAUCCGGGCUUCUUCCAGCCCGCCAUCAGCCAGGCCAGUUGGUCGCUUCUCCUAUUCAACCAGAGCCUUGUCAGUGACGGCAGUGGGGCCCAAAGUCUUGUCGAUGGCAUCUAUUUUGUCAACGGAACAUAUGGCCUCACCCGCCUCGGCCAGUAUGUCGGGCUGACCAAGGAGCGUGACAUAUGGGCAUGCAUGGCCAUCUUCUUGCUUGUCCUGAUUGCCUGUGUCAUUGUGCUCACUCAACUAGGUUUCUUCACGCGCUGGCUUGUGCGCUGGCUGACCAACACGCAGGGCGGUGAUUUGACCGGGAAGAACUGGCCAUUCACGGCCGGUAACAUCAUUCGCAUCAUCUACAACUACUUCCUGCUUCCCAUCAUAGCCUUGUCGCUAUUCCAGCUCGUGGUAGCCCCACGCUCGCCAGCAUCUGUGGUGGUUACAGGCGUCCUCAUGCUGAUCCUCGUCGCCGGUGUCGCUACAUGGAUCUUCUGGUUCAUUUUCACCACACGUCCCCGAGCCCAUUUGUUCGAUGAUCUCCCCACCGUCUUGACAUAUGGGCCUCUUUAUAACACGUACUCGGACGACGCCGCGCCAUUCGCCUUUAUCCCCGUGUUGCUUACCAUCAUACGUGGUAUCGCUAUUGGCGCUAUCCAGCCUUCAGGCAUUGCCCAAAUCGUCAUACUUGCGAUAUGUGAAGUAAUCCUAAUCUUGACCCUGCACGCUUUUAGGCCAUUCCAGUCGAACACGUCGAUGAACGCAUACCACACCUUCUUCUCGGCAGUUCGACUCACUUGCGUUCUACUGUCUGUAGCAUUUGUGCCCUCUCUCGACGUCGACGAGGCUUCCAAAGGCUGGAUUGGAUACAUCAUUUUGCUGCUGCAUGGCAUUGUGUUAGUCUUUGGCUUUUUCUUGAAUGCUCUUCAAACCAUCAUCGAAGUCUCGGCAAGACUCGCCGGCGUAGGCGGGGACCAAAGAGGCGGCCUUACCGCUGUUUUUGGAAAAAGGCAACUUUCGAAACGGAAUCUCCAUCGCCACGCUCGCAGCAGUCUCGGCUCGAAUACUGUCAUGCUUUCCCAUGACGAAAGCAAGAACAUUCAACUAAUGGGCAGCCGAUCACGGAGCGUGUCUGCCAGUUCUGCCGUCCUCUUGAAUGCACCCUAUGACCGAGAUAGCCAACGCGCAAGUGUAGGCUUCGAAGGGUUCAGCCAGGGCGACUUUGGAAACGUCAGUCCAGUACCUGGGCAAAACGCCACACCGUUUAACUUUCUGGGUGGCAGUUCAGGUGGGAGUUCGAGGCGGCCGACCCUUGGUGCAAUGGACGCUGCAGAUCCAUACUACCGCCCUCCACGACCCCGGAAGCGCACAAUGGACUCGAUGACAGCCACUGCACCAGGAAAAGCCUCUCGAAGCUCUGACGUUGGGGAUGAUCCAUACUCGGAUAACUUUGACAUUCUAGCCAUUAAUGCGGGUGAAGGCCCGUCACGUAACUCGGGUACGCCAGCUCCGGCUUAUCUGCGACUGAACCGGGAUGACUCUGACCCGAAUCUCGAGCGGAGGAAUAAACCCACCGACUAUUCUGUCCGAGAAUCGGACUUUUACUACGGUCUUCGUGGUCCUGCUUUGUCCUCGCAACCGACGCGAAAGUUAAAGACUGGGCCGGCGGACCCGAUGGGGCCUGUCUCUUCUGCUACUGGCUGGUUCAAGAGCCUCAACCUGUUUGGCGGACGCAAGAAGGAGAAGGGCAAGGGAUUUGAAGUGGUUAGGAGUACGCGUAUGCCACCCCAGAUGAUGACGGUUGAGGAAGACACAGAUUCGCCCGAAAUAUCACAAGAACCCUACAGGGACAGUCCAGACUCAACUCCUCGGCAUGAAGAUGCAGCAGGAGAUCUUGGUGUAGCGUCGGCAGCCGCCUUGAGUGGUGGGAGACGCAACUCUUCCGAGAGCGAAUCGGAAAGCAGCGAGGAUGAGGACGAUGAUCGGUUUGAGCCAGUGACUCGUGUCUCGCCCACCGCGCCCGCCUUGGGUCCGAUUGAGAGUUUCGGUGGAAUUGAACUGCCGAGUAGAAUUGGGUCGCGUGCUUCACGUAUGACACAGUCCCAAGGGCCUCCAAGUCGCACGCCUACUGUACCGCGCCGAAACUCUCGGAGGACGAGGUCACCUGUAUCUUCCGAAGUUGCGGACCAGCUUCCGGCGGUGGCGGACAUUGCAAACCCGACGGGCUCAAGAUAUCAGUCUCCCCUGCACAGUCACCACUUGCAGCCCAGUCGCUCUGGUGGGCUGCCGAUCCGCCUUCCCUUUGGAUCCACGGAGCCAUCGCCCGAGCGGUCAUCUGGGCCCUCUGCUGCAUCGAGCAUAUUUCGUCACGACGGCGCGAGCGAGCUGGAUGGGCCAUCAUCGAUUGGCGCAGCGACGGAGCGGCCUCUGAGCACAGGCUACGUCCAGCACCACAUGAUGGCAGACAGCGUGCAAAUUGACGGCUACGACGCCGGAAGCCAUCUUGAAGCAUCUGCAGAGAUUGUGGACCGCAGCCGCAGCGGCAGUACACAGCACAGUAGGCACAGUCGCAGGACAUGAUGGCCACUUUCCUAGACAUUUUCUUUCACUUGCAUUGCUGGAAGCCAGGGUAACCUAUUUGUAAUACAUGUCAACGCAGAACGCGCAUUUACGAGUUUCUUUGCUGUAUGGUUUCUCCGAAAAGCGAGUUUCAAGGGCGUUUCCUGGAUCAUGCGAGCAGUGUGCUCUGCAGGCGCACAAGCUGUCUAGACAUAUUUAUAUACAUACGUAGGGCGUGGAAGGUGGCUAGCGUGGCUAGCACGCAUACUGGUAAUCUCGAAUAAUUCAUCUCUCC